AUGACACCUACACCCCCCACGAGAACCUUCCUGACCCCACAGAUGACACCUACACCCCCACGAGAACCUGACCCCACAGAUGACACCACACCCCACGAGAACCUUCCUGGACCCACAGAUGACACCUACACCCCCACGAGAACCUUCCUGACCCCACAGAUGACACCUACACCUCACGAGAACCUUCCUGACCCCACAGAUGGCACCUACACCCCACGAGAACCUUCUGACCCACAGAUGACACCUACACCCCACGAGAACCUUCCUGGACCCACAGAUGACACCUACACCCCCACGAGAACCUUCCUGGACCCCACAGAUGACACCUACACCCCACGAGAACCUUCCUGGACCCACAGAUGA